CGCUCGCUCUCCCUCUGAUCGGCGUUACCAUGGUGAGCGUUGCUAUACGACGCUUCCUGGUAUCCAGGAAGACGCUGCUGCUCUGGCUGGGGAUAGCAAGCAGGAGAGAAAUGGACGAUAACUUUCUGCUCAGAGAUGCUGGAACCGUGAAAAAUGUUGCAAAGUCUGGACGGAGAGCUCGCCUUGCAGCAGACCAGUCAUCGUUUGAAGACUCUCGUCACGUAAGGAAGUCCUCAACCUCUGCUUCAGUGGGAGAAGGCCCUCCUCCUAAACCAGCCCGGCGGCAGGGUGGCUGGGCAGAAGAAUGCUCCAGCUCUGGUUCUGCCAAAUCUUCAAGCAGACUUGCCGCUGACGACCUGGAAGACCGCCGCCUACGACCACAAACUCCCCAGGGAUCAGAUGAUGAAGGAGAUAUUCCAGUGAUUCCAGAACUUGAUGAAGUCCAGGAGGAAGAUCUUACCAAGCAAGUUGCAGCUCCACCAAGCAUCCAGGUGAACCAGGUUAUGACCUACAGAGAUCUGGACAACGAUCUGAAGUAUAACUCUGCGUUCCAGACAUUAGAUGGAGAGAUCGACUUGAAGCUUCUCACCAAGGUUUUAUCGCCGGAGCAGGAGGUGAAAGAGGAUGAUGUGAGCUGGGACUGGGAUCAUCUGUUUACAGAGGUGUCCUCAGAGCUGCUGAUGGAAUGGGAUCAAGGAGAGAGUGAGGAGCAGCCUGAGAUGCCUCUAACAUGAGGAGGAGGAGGUUUGGUCUGGGACUUUAAAUGGCUCCAGUGGGAACUAGGUGAAUGUCCAUUACACAGAAGGGCCAGUGACUUUGGUCUUAGAAACUUUAAUUACUGGUUGUUAUCCAGAAUUUAUAUUUUGUAAAGUGUAAAUACAGUCUUUUUUGUAUUUUCUAAAUAAAGGUCAGUGUGCAGUGAACAGUGCUGCGCUGUCUCACCCUG